GCCAAACGCGGGCAUACCGAGAGACGUGUGAGAAAAGACACAGCCAACAAACACACAUAUGUCAAAACAGCGGAUUCAUCGAAAAAUUGAAAGAAUACACACCCCACUUUUUAACAAUACAUUGCAAGUUUGAGCGACUUCAGUACAUAUUGAUCCAGCGGUGGUAACAAGGAAUUUACAGAAAACUAAACUUAGCGGAGUUGAUGGCUAGCAAUACAGCUGUAUGCGUGGACAGUGAAGAUGCUGAUGUGAUAAUUGAACAAGAGAUAAUUGAGAAUGAGAAGGGAGUCAAGGUGACGACGCUUGAGCCAAAAGAUGAUGCCAUAGAAGGAGAUGCGUCACAAAAGAAAAAGAAAAAGAGACAUAGGAAUAAAAGGCGAUCUAAAAGUGGUGGACAAAAUAGAGAAGAAAGCGAACAAACUGGUGUAAGCACUAGUGACAGUUGUGCAGUACAUGACAAAGUUGCUGUUGGCAGGACAAAGAGACAUUCUGCUCCACAGUCGAGUGGUAAAAAUGCAUUGCCAGAUGGAAGGGAAAAUUUUCAAAUUACGGUGCCAAAUUCAGAUUUCAGGCCCUCAUCUGGUGGAGUAAACUCAUCUCCUAGAGAAUACGAUACUAGAAGGUCACGACCUACACGCUACAAUGAUUUCCGAAAUCAAACUCCACCCCAUGGACGUUCGGGUAGGAACAACUCGGGAUCACCACAUAACCCUGGUAACCAUAGAUACCCCAAUGAUUUUAGAAAUCAUACACCCCCACGUGGUCGUUAUCAUAGCCCCAGGUCUGAUAGAGACCAUCCAGGGUCACCUCGAACACCGAAUUAUCAGCAAUGUGACUAUGAUGGUACACCUGGUUCAAAGCAACAAGGAUCCUCUUCAAAACACCGAAAUAGACAUCAUAGAAGCUCUACUCCAAGGAAGCUGACCAAGCCUUUUGAGCCCUACAUGUCGACUCCUGAGGUCUCUGCUGGACUUAAAAAAGGAGAAUUAAUUCAGGGAUCAUUACGAAUUAAUCCAAGAAAUUUUGAAGAUGCUUACAUUGAUAAUCCAGAAAACAAAGCUGACAUUUACCUUCAUGGAAUCCAUGCCCGUAACAGAGCCUUAACCGGUGAUAUUGUCGCUGUGCAGUUACUAGCUAAGUCUGAAUGGAAGGUGAAGCAGAAAGAAUACGACAACUACUUAACUACUCAAGACAGUGUAUCAACUGAUAUGAGUAAACUGACCCUGAAUUCUAACAACACUGCCAUAUCAGCUGACAUGAGUAAAUCAACAAUGGAUUCAAAAAACAUGGCUGUUGAUGAGAAGGAUGCGGUGGGUAACUUGGAGCCAGUUGUCAGGUCACUGUUUGACAACGCUGCUCAGCAGACAGAAAAACCAAAAGAUGUACUAAAGCCUGCUGACAUUCCAGAUAAAUUUUUACAGAAAACUGCUAAAGUGGUGUUUAUUAUUGAGAAAAAACAUUCACGGGCUGCAACUGGGAAUUUAAAGACACUUCCUGAGAAGGAUACCCAAGAUGCAUUGUUUUGUCCAAUAGACCAUCGCUUACCAAGAAUCAAAGUACCCUUAGCACAGUGUCCGGAUGGUUUUAUACAAAGACCUGGUGACUUUUCAAAUGUCUUGUUCGUAGCAAGAAUCACAGAUUGGCCUGAGGAUUCAGGAUUUGCCACUGGGAUGUUGCAGAGAAGUCUAGGUGAGGCUGGUCAGAUUGAGCCGGAGACUGAAGGAUUUCUGAUUGAAAAUGGUGUGGAUUUCUCAGAGUUUUCAGACCAGGUAUGUUUCCAUAUUAAUUUUAUAUUUGGCAUUGAAGAANNNGAAUUACGACGCGAUUUGAGGCAAGAGUGCAUUUUUACGAUUGAUCCAGCGACAGCCCGCGAUUUAGACGAUGCUUUACACUGCAAACCGCUUGGUGAUGGUAACUAUGAGAUCGGUGUUCAUAUCGCUGAUGUCAGUUAUUUCCUGCAGGAAGGCACUGAACUUGACAGUGUGGCAUCUUUCAGAGCUACCAGUGUCUACUUAGUACAGAAGGUUAUUCCCAUGUUACCACGGUUACUGUGUGAACAACUCUGUAGUUUGAAUCCUGCCGAAGACCGCUUGACAUUCAGUGUCAUCUGGAAAAUAAGUGAGGAAGGAAAGAUUUUGGAUGAAUGGAUUGGACGGAGUGUAAUAAGUUCAUGUGUGAAGAUGACUUACCAGCAUGCACAGGGAAUCAUUGAAGAACCAGACAGAAUAUGGAACACUGACGAAUUACCAGACAUCAUACCAAGAUAUAAUAUAUCGGAUAUUGUACAGGGUGUACUUAAUCUGCAUAAGGUUGCUAUGAAUUUACGAAAGCAGCGUUUUGAUGAUGGUGCUCUACGACUCGAUCAACCUAAAUUAGCAUUUACAAUUAACCGAGAAUCUGGUCUUCCCAAUGGAUGUUCAGUUUAUGAACAGAAGGACAGUAACAGGCUUGUUGAAGAGUUCAUGUUACUUGCUAACAUGGCGGUAGCACACAGGAUUUACAAGUCAUUCCCCACCAAAUCUUUACUAAGACGACAUCCACCACCAAAGUCCAAGAUGAUUGAUGACGUUGUUGUGACAUGUAAACGUAUGGGCUUGCAUAUUAAUGCUGCCACCGCAGGUGACCUUCAGUCUUCUCUAAAGAAAUAUUAUGCUGAUGACGAUUACUCUAAAUCUAGAAGUCAAAUAUUGGUUCAGCUAUGUUCCAAACCCAUGCAAAUGGCAAAAUAUUUUUGUACUGGUUUUAUAGCCGAUGAAAAUGAUUACCGACACUAUGCUCUAAAUGUGCCGUUCUAUACCCACUUCACCUCACCUAUCAGAAGAUAUGCUGAUGUCGUUGUACAUAGACUCUUAGCUCAGUGUCUUGAUUGUGGACCCGAAGUGAAGAGUGACAAAACGGAAAUACAAAAGCAAUCAGAACGCUGCAAUGAUAGAAAGACUGCAUCUAAACGAGUACAAGAACUCAGCGGAGAGCUGUUCUUUUCUGUCUUUAUUAAGGAAUGUGGUCCUAUAGAUGAGAAAGGGAUGGUGAUGGCCGUCUUGGACCAGUCUGUUGAUGUAUUGAUUCUCAAGUUUGGUGUCAUCAAAAGGGUCUAUUGUAAUGCACUGCCUUUGAAGGCACACACCUAUGAUAAGAGUAUGCAUAAACCGUCACUGACAAUGAUCUGGAAGAAAACCGAGGAACAUCCCAACGAAACCAAGCAGGUAUUGGAGAUAUUUACAACGGUGGAAGUCACGCUCAAAGCUGAUGAACAAGUCCUGAAAUAUUCUGUAAGUCUGAGAUCUCAUAUGGCUUUAUAG